GAACAUCGUUCUCUCAUCAUUGUGCCACCUGUUUUUUUGCUCCAUUUCAAAUCACAUUUGAACUCGUCCGGUAGAGUUUACUACCUUUACAGCUAACAAUGGCCUGGAAGAGAGCAUACAGACCCGUCAACAACCAAAGAACCGCCAAUAUGUCGACCAGGGGUCAGAAGCCGAAGAGCUUGUUGCCCCUAUUUUGUCUAUCGCUUAUGCUGUGGAUUAUUGUUGGGGCUAUCAGUAUCUAUAUAGCUGCGGGUUGCCUUUACAACAACUCGUUAUACAUCGUUCAAGUUCACAGCAACGACACGAUUCCUGUACAGGUUCAACUUGGAUAUUUUGGUACCUGUGUCUCGACCAAUACCAAUGCCGACGAUUUCGAUUCCAACACCACCAAAACGGCUUGCGUCCAACAUCUUCAAUACGAUGAUGAUGAACCCUUGGUAUCGCAAUUUGUGGAAGAGCUGACAGAGGAAAACGAGGACGCCAAAGUCCCCGACAUUGAAGAACCCCUUAGCAAGAUCCUCCCCAUAGCGGAGCAGUUGCGGCUCAAGGUCUUCCCAGCUGGCGUGCCCAUCAGCUUCCUCAUCAUCUACCUUCUCAGCAUCUUCACUUUCUGGAUCCUGCUCGCAUCCUCGAACCACACGAAGACAUACAGAGCCACCUUUGCUAUUACCGCGCUGCUGAAUGCCUACAGUCUUACCAUUGGCUUCAUUGUGGCGACUACAACAUUUCAAGCAUGUAGGGCGCUGAUCUUUCCCUCUCAAGGCGACACCGGAAUCAUUCAAGAAGGCGUGUUCGUCACACAGAAUGCUAUGCUACAGACUCUGCAAUGGGUCGUUGUCGCCAUAUCCGUUUUUCUCCAGUUUUGCAUCGCAGGCCUAUUCGUGCAGCGUCGUGCCUCCGGUGGUGAAGCAUCUCUCAUGCCAUUAAUCAGCAUCAAGAGCUACAGCUGCUGCUGAUCGGCGAUUGAUAGGCCAACUUUCGCGUGUUAUUCGCAUAUUUCUGGUAACCAUUGACUUUGGUUUGAACGAAAUAAGGGGGCUGGAAUCUGGAUAUUCAUGUGCUAUUAUUAAAUUCCUGUUACUGUUUACGAUUGUGUUUUACAAGUUGACAGUUAAGUUUUUUGUGUUUGGCUAAGUUAAUAUAAAAACCCUCAGCAUUUUCAUUAUUAUUUAGUGUAAGGAACUCCUUAACUUUAGUGUUAUGAUAUAGUUAGCACCUAAGUAGCAAGUAGGAUUGUUAAAAGGGGCUGUUAAGGUACUGAACUUCACAUUGUGAACAUUCUUGCAAGG